UAGCAUUAUUGGUUGCAUAUUAGUGUAUGUAAGCUACAUGUUCAGAUGUGUGAUAAUAAUACUAGAAAACCAUUAGUGUUUUUUUUGUGCCAGGUUUCUUAGUAUUUUUACUUAAGUACUAGUCUUUAUUUGUUGUAUUUAAAGAUUUAUAGCUUCAGGAUAAGUCAUGGAAACGUGUGAAGGUGGAUCUUCUUCUACAAUUGGUUGCAUUUUUGGCGAUCUCAUGCGGAUCAUCACGAAUGGAGCAUCUCCACAAACAGCCUCCCGGGACAGAUACACCAUAAGUGGUGUGGAAGCCUCGCAUAAAAUGGCUGAGGUUGAUCUGGAGAGGAUGAACCAGUACAAGACCAUUAUCAUGAAAGUUGCCAACGCUAAAAGGAUGGACCCAGCUGUGAUUGCGGGCAUCAUAUCCAGAGAGACGAGGGCUGGAUCGUGUGGAUCGGGGCUUGUUGAUGGCUGGGGAGAUCAAGGCAAUGCCUUUGGGCUUAUGCAGGUUGACCAACGUUACCACUGUCCAGUAGGGACCUGGAACAGUGAGGAGCACAUCAUCCAAGCUACUGAUAUUUUAAUCACUUUUAUAAAUGCUAUUCAACAAAAAUUCCCAAAUUGGUCCAGGGAGGAUCAGUUUAAAGGAGGAAUCGCAGCCUACAACGCUGGCCCAGGAAACGUUUGCUCUCAUGAGGGCAUGGACAUGAAGACCACAGGGAAGGACUAUGCGAAUGAUGUAGUGGCUAGAGCACAGUGGUUCAAACGCAAUGGCUACUGAGCAGUUUAUCUCAUGAUGCACUGUGUAACUCAUAUAAUACUUAGAAUGAUAGAAUGAUCAUGUGGAUGAUUCAAAGGAUCAAUCACAGUAAUAAAAAUAAUAAUAUUAUAAAAUAUAUUCGGCAGUAACAAUAUACAGCAUGUUCAUUAAAUAAACUGUGUUUUUAUAGUAGUACCAACAGUCAGUGUACCAGUAGAAUGUGUCCACGUUUCACUUUAAAUAAAGGCAUCACUGCAAAUCAAUAAAAAGUAGUAAUCAGCCUAAUUCUGUAAAGAUACUUUUUAAUCCUGGCGGGUGUGGUGUCUUCUAAG